GGACGACUUUUUGGCGGCACGAGGCAGGGUGCGUGCGGAACUGAGCCCUUGGGGACGCCAUCCCCUCGGCCGCCUGGGGGGGGGGGUACAAAGCACCUUCCCGGCGUCCCCGGCUGCCGCCUCCGCUGUCAGCCUGUGCGUGUGUGUGUUGGGGGGAGGGGGGGUCACGGGAGUGACAGCGGGGGAGGGGCGGGCUUGGUCGAGGGGCGGGGGGAGCGGCUGAGGCACCAAAGUAGGAGCGGCCCCGGGGCGCGCUCUCUGGCUGGCCCCCGCCGCAGCCGCCUCGCGGGUCCAAAGAUGGUCAGAGGGGCGGGAGGAGCCGCCGCAUUCGCCUCAGCGUCCGCGUCUCUUUAGUCUUCGGGGCCCCCAGUCCAGUCCCCGGCCCCCGGUGGGGCGCUCGCGCAAUGGCACUUAAAGGGCAAGAAGACUAUGUCUAUCUUUUCAAAGAUCUUUCUCAUCCUUUGGAUUUCUUAGAAGCAUUCAGAACAUUCUACCUUGAUGGAUUAUUUACUGAUAUAACACUUCAGUGUCCUUCAGGUAGUAUCUUCCAUUGUCAUAAAGCUGUUUUAGCUGCCUGCAGCAAUUAUUUUAAAGCAAUGUUCACAGCUGAUAUGAAAGAAAAGUUCAAAAAUAAAAUAAAACUCCCUGGGAUCCACCAUGAAGUUCUAGAAGGUCUUAUAAAUUAUGCAUACACUUCACAAAUCAGAAUAACCCAAAGAAACGUUCAAAGCCUCCUUGAAGCAGCAGACUUACUACAAUUUUUUCCUGUCAAGAAAGCUUGUGAGCAGUUUUUGGUGAGGCACCUUGAUGUUGAUAAUUGCAUAGGAAUGCAUUCCUUUGCAGAAUUUCAUGUGUGUCCAGAAUUAGAGAAGGAAUCCAGAAGGAUGCUUUUAUCAAGGUUCAAGGAAGUAUGGCAACAAGAAGAAUUUCUUGAAAUCAGCAGUGAAAAAUUAUUCUUUAUUUUGUCCAGAAAGAAUCUAAGUGUUUGGAAAGAAGAAACUGUCAUAGAACCAAUUAUUAAAUGGACAGCACAUGAUGUUGAAAAUCGAAUUGAAGGCAUUUAUGAUCUUCUAAGCUAUGUGGAAGUAGAUAUAGAUCAAAUGUACUUGAAGACUGCUUUGAGUCUUCAGAGAAGACACCUACUAACUGAAAAUAAGUUAAGAGCCUUAAUAUAUAAUGCUCUAAGUCCUAUGCGUAAGGAAGUUUCCCAGAGGUCCACAGCCACUAUGUAUGUAAUUGGAGGCUAUUAUUGGCAUCCCUUAUCAGAGGUUCACAUAUGGGAUCCUUUAAUAAAUGUUUGGAUUCAGGGAGCAGAAAUACCAGAUUAUACCAGAGAAAGCUAUGGUGUUACAAGUUUGGGACCCAACAUUUACGUUACAGGUGGUUAUAGGACAGAUAACAUAGAAGCCCUUGACUCUGUCUGGAUCUAUAAUAGUGAAACUGAUGAAUGGACUGAAGGCUCCCCCAUGCUCAAUGCGAGAUAUUAUCAUUGUGCAGUUACCUUAAGUGGUUGUGUCUAUGCCUUGGGAGGUUACAGAAAAGGAGCUCCAGCAGAAGAAGCAGAGUUCUAUGAUCCUUUAAAAAAGAAAUGGAUUCCUAUUGCAAAUAUGAUUAAAGGUGUGGGAAAUGCUACUGCCUGUGUCUUACGGGAAAUCAUCUAUGUCAUUGGAGGCCACUGUGGUUACAGGGGAAGCUGCACUUAUGAUAAAGUCCAGAGUUACAACUCAGACAUCAAUGAAUGGAGUCUGGUCACCUCUAGUCCACAUCCAGAAUAUGGAUUGUGUUCAAUUCCAUUAGAAAAUAAGCUAUAUCUUGUUGGUGGACAAACCACAAUUGCAGAAUGCUAUGACCCUGAACAAAAUGAAUGGACAGAGAUAGCUCCCAUGAUGGAAAGGAGAAUGGAGUGUGGUGCCGUCAUCAUGAAUGGAUGUAUCUAUGUAACUGGUGGAUAUUCCUAUUCAAAAGGAACCUAUCUUCAGAGCAUUGAGAAAUAUGAUCCUGAACUUAAUAAAUGGGAAAUAGUGGGUAAUCUUCCUAGUGCCAUGCGUUCACAUGGAUGUGUUUCUGUCUACAAUGUAUAAUGCAAUCUAUGAAAACCACUGAAUAGAAAAAAAAACAAAACCAAAACAAAACCCAAAACAGUUCACACCUAGCAGUGUACCAGUAAAAUCUUAUUUCGUAUCAAAAUAUUAUUUGGACACUGGAGUUAUCCACUAUACUCUAUACUUUUCAAAAGUAACAUUAUUGUUAAUACUUCCUUGGACAGCUACAUAAUAAAUGGCAGAAGGUCAAAGAUAUCUGUAGUCACGCAUUCCUUCUCCUUAUCACAGUAUUGAUGCUGGUAACAUAUCAGAACCAUACUGUGAAAUUGAUACUCAGUUUUUGCCCUUAGUGUCAUGGGCAUUGUGUAUUAAAAUACAGUCUAACAGAUGAUUGAAGUGAAUAGAGGAAAUCUUUUCUACCUCUAUACAAUUUUUCAAUACUUGCUGAAACUUUUUUCAGCUCAAAGUACUGUGGAAUGUAACACGAAACUAGACACAAUCAUCUUGUCUAGUUUUCUAUUUCUCAUGCAGUUUGUAUAAUCUUUUCAAGUGACUUGAUAGGUAUUAUUUUAUAUUUACCGAGUAUUAACAAUGUUGUAUAAAACAGUUACUGCCUAAGAGUUUACAACCUAAUUCUGAAAGGAUGGCAAAACUGAAAAAUGAGAGUAGAAUAAAAUUGCUUAGUUGACUUUGUAUUACAGAGUAUCAAAAGUUUUGGGUUUGUUUGUUUUUAACUAAUGUGAACCUUUAUGCAAACAAGGUUAAGGUUUAGGUUUCUGUAGUUUAUGCAUGUGAAAAAAAAUAUCCAGUAUCAUCCCUGAUUAGAAAUAUUUACUUUUAUAUAGAAUGUAUUUUAGAGCUGGAAGGAACCUUGUGUGUUCUUCACCCAACCAAUUCAUUUUUUUCGAACAGAUAAUAAGAAAGGCUUUGUUAGGUUAUUUGUUUAAAUUUUAAACUCUAAAGUGAAAAAGCCUUAAAAUUCUUGAAUUCUUUUGUUUUGGAAAUAAAUGACCAUAUGUAGAGUUAAAGAAAACGCUCCUGAAAUGACAGAAAUUGUGUUGAAGCCCAUUCUGAAUUGUUAAAAAAUACUAGUUAUAAAAUAGAAUGGAAUAUUAGAACAGGAAAGGAUCUUAGGGAUCAUCUAGUCCAACAAAGCAGAAAAUGGAAAAGAAAUACAGAAACAUUGAAAAACUCUAGACUUACCAAGUCAACCUUGUCUAGGAAUGUAUUUUUAAAAAUAGAUGUGAAUUUCUGAUUGCCUCCUAUAUGCUAUCAUUAUUUAAAUGCCUUCUCUGUAUGGCCUUUUUUUAAACUCCUGUAGUGCUUAUUGUUGGUACUUGAGGUUCACAAUCCUUGUAGAGUAUUGAUUCCUUUUUUUAAUGUUAAAAUAUUUCAGACUUCUACAUUAUAGUAGUUUGAUUAGUAUCCAUUGAUUAAGAAAGUAUGUAGCCACAAAAGCCUUUUAUGAAUUCAUUAAUAUUUGAAAAUUUAUUUCUAUUUUAUUAAUCACAACAGCAUCUACAUACGUUUAAAAAUAGUAUUGUGUACAUAUAUGAGACAUUUAUUUAUUUAGGCAUGUUUGCUUUUUUAUGGAUUAACAGAGCUCUUGCAAUAAUUCCUCUACAGUCCACAGGUUUGGAUCCACUAGUCUAGACUGCUCAUCUAGCACAAAUUUGUAGUAACAAAUCCAGUGCUAGUUUGUAUUGUUAUUUAGAGGACUAGACUAGAAGAUCUUCUAUGGCCCCUUCCAGAUCUAAAUCUAUGAUCCUAUGGUCUUUUAAUGUAUUCAUCCUGUGUCCCUGACAGAUUAUAAGCACGUUGAUGGCAGUGACAUUGUCUUAUACCUCUAUUUCCCCAGUGCCUAUCAACUAUUCCCUGCAAUAGUAAAUAUUAAAUAAAUUAAUGUUUGUCAAUAAUAUCAAUUGUACAUUUUUAAAAAACUGGUUGAAGUGCUUGAAGAUGCUUGAAGUUUGUGCUACUAAGUACUUUUAACAGUUUGUCUUCUUUAAAAAUCUUAUUUAUGUUUUUAAUUUGCACUCUGAAGAAAGGAUUGAAUAAAGGUAAAUUUCAGCUGUGUUUGAAUUAUCA